GAAACCAAUGGUGCGGCAGGGUCACAUGUUCACGGGGGCACACCUAUGAGGCCCUCGUCCGGCGCCAGACUCAGACUGCAGGUAGAGCAGAGGUCCUGAUCAGGGGCAGGGCGCUGGCUCAUGUGCUCGUGUACAGCACGGUUUCCCCGGUCUGUGGCCAUCAUGAAUCGGGAGCACUUUUACCCUCCUAACCAUCUGUAUAAGGACUCUUGCGCCUUCCAGAGACACUCCAACGAAGACUACAGCCAAAACCCUCCACCGUGUCUGUAUAUGAAUAGACAAACUCAGUCCGUCUACGCCUCAUCGUUCUCGGGCGGCCAGGACCAGCCAAAUCUUACCGAUAUUACUUCUUAUAACAUGUCGACCCGUGAUGAUCUGGUAGGGCCUCAUCUUCACCUUCCCCAGAAUCCACAGACAUCUCUACAGACGCUCGGCGGUUAUGAAGACUCUCUCGACCUGAGCGGGGAUCGGAACAGAUAUCAUCUGCCAUUCCCGUGGAUGAAGUCAACGAAAUCUCACACGCACGCUUGGAAAGGACAGUGGACAGGCUCUUACAUGGUAGAGGCCGAGGAGAGCAAGCGCACGCGGACAGCUUACACCAGAGCGCAGCUGCUCGAGCUCGAGAAAGAGUUUCUCUUCAACAAGUACAUUUCGCGCCCGCGCCGCGUGGAGCUCGCGCUCACCCUCAGCCUCACCGAGAGACACAUCAAGAUCUGGUUCCAAAACCGACGCAUGAAAUGGAAAAAGGAGGAGGACAAGAGGAGAUCCAGAGGAGUGGAUCCCGAGCAGGAUUCCUCAAUCUCAUCUGGAGGUCUCAAGGAUGAGUCGUGUGUCACUCUAACGGGACCCCCUUCACCCCUGCACUCUCACAUACCUCCAGUCCCACAAGACUCGUAAAAUAAACACUGACCAAAAGAAACAUGUGUCAUCCACACAAUCCAUCAACCUGCCAUCAGUGAGUGGAACUAUAAUGUGCCAUAUCUCAUUUUCACAUGACAACAUUCAGUCAAAUCCUGUAAAUGUGUAGUGUAGGCUACUGCUAAAAGAUUGACAGUAGAGGGCGAUCUCAGUUGUGUGAGAGACGAUGCACGUGGAGUCAAUUUCUUGAAAGGUCUUUUUGUGAAAUAGAAUCGCAUGACGUCAUUGAAACGUCAAAUGUUCAUUUAAAACAUUAUCAAAUAUAUAGUCUAAUGGACAUUAUUAAAACUGGAAUGUAUUCAUAUUUAUAGAUAGACAACAAACAGUCAAAAAGCCUUUCUAUCAUGAAUUUCUUUAUUAAUUAUCAUUCAUACUAUUUAUGCAGCUACUAAACAAAUUAAAAGCAUGUGU